AUGUCUCGCCGCGGCCGUCCUAGCGGUGGUUACGAGGAGGAUUUUUACGAACGUGAUCGAUAUCACAAAGGCGGCAGACACGAGGGCUACUUCGAAGACGACAGAGACUAUCGCCGUCGUCCUCCCGCGACCCUGGUUCGGAAGUCGACGAACGCGUCCGUGUGCGAGACCGCCAGGGACGACGGCGCCAUGGUAGUGAAGACACGUGAGCGGGAGGACGUUGAGUUACGGUCGCGGGAGAAACCCAAGGGAGUCGAAAAGGAGAGCGAGGAAGCUGCCAACCGUCGUGAGACGUCGACUCGAGAGAAACGGUCCCGAAAAAAGACCGAUAGGGAAGAGAGCCUCAACAGAGGUGAGAACAGAGGCAGACAAUCGACUCAGCGAGAUGAAACUUCGUCCAACAAACGCGAGCGAUCAUUGCCUCCUUGGCAGGAGAAAGUCGCCUGGGAUGAACGUGAUACGGAGCGGGAUAGAGCGCUUGUACGCCGACGCGAUCGGUCUACGUCCAGCUGGGAUGAUGAACGAGACGAGGUGGCCUUUCGCCAUCGUAGCAGAGACCGUUCUCGCGAGCGUGAAUGGGAGAGAAACGAAUUUCGCCGUCAUUCCAGCCCUCGCGGGAGCUCACGGUCCCGAUACCGCAUAGACGAGAGAGAUGACAUCAUUAUCAGAAGAGAGGAGCGUGAAGGGCGACGUGGGAGAGGCGUCGAACGAAACGAGGUUGCCUUCCGAAGGCGAGAAGACAGGUCGACGUCGCCCGAGUCAGCUUCGUCUCCAGAGCGUCCGGUCAUUGUCGCGCCACCAAUUCACCAGGACAUCAUCACGCAUCACAGGCACAUCGAUCAUGUGGUUUAUAGCGGGGAACGAAACGGCCGGUACUACGAGACUGAUCUCGUGAUUGAUCGUCGAGAAAGAGAGAGAGACGGGUCUUUGCCGCCUCUACGUCGACGGCACUCUCCCGAGGCCGACAAGGUUAUCGUCUCGCGCACGGUAUUGCGCCCUAAAGACCGGGAGAAGGAACGCGACUACCAAAGCACGUUGGAUGAGCGCGAUGUGCGGGACAUCCAAGAGGAAGCAGAAGCCUAUGCUCGUCGGGAUUCGGGGCAUGGAACGAUCGGAGAAGCGUACAACGGGGCUACCAAGGAUUGGACUGUGAUCGACGUUCCCCCCGGAACUAAAAGGAUUACGUUGGAAGGAGUGGGGGGUGGCAGUCAGGAAAUCACCUGGGAGCGAUAUAAUGGCGUUCGCAGAACCAAAUUCAUCGCUGAAGGUGAGGAGUUUGUUCCCGACAAGGAGAGUCAGAAUGGUCGCAUCGGACGGCGAUAUACCGGCCCCAAGGAGAAGCGCGAGCGACUCUGGACGGAGAUCACGAAAGAUCUGGUGGUGAGGGAGGCGAUCGAGCGGUUGGGCUAUGAAUAUGACGAGACGGAGUAUUUCUACUAUGUCUUUGACUAUCUCCGCUAUGACGACAUUGCCGAGCUUGUCGAACUCUCUGAGAAGAUCCGCCGCGCGCGUCGCGAACGCAUUUGCGAAAUCAAUCGAGAGCGAGAGAAUCUCAUCCCGCUUCCCGAAAUCCCGGAGCCUCCCCUACCACCUGCGCCGCGGGUGCCUCGGAUGGAGAGACCACCACUGCAGUGGUAG